AUGGCACAAAAGGAUUCAUUACCAUCAAUUGUUUCAAUGCCUCAUGUUGUUCAAUUCGAUCGUAUUAAUACAAUUUAUUUAUCAUUUCAUGCUUGGCCGAGUGGUUUAAACUUUCCGAAUCUUCAUCAUCUUAUCUUAACAAAUAAUCUUAAUCGAUUGAAAAGCUUUUCUUCAUUUCCACCAACUAUUCGUUCAAUUCAACUGAUAUUUCAUGCUCGUAUGCCACACUCUGUGUGUGAUGAUUGGUCUGUUCUUCGUUCACUUUCGUCUUUACCAAAACUCACUUCAUUUCAUAUCGCUUUCCAUGAUAUGAACACCAAUCUUGAUGAAGAUAGUUGUCAAAUUAUCGCCGAAACGGCAUCAAUGCUCGCUCAUUUUGGUAUUCGUUUUCGACGAAGAAGCAAUGCACUUGCAUUCGAACCUGAUUAUGAUAAUCCGAUUAAUAUAAUAGAACCUGAGGCUUGGUAUAUGUUCAAUGUAGAUCCUAAUCUUAUUGCCGACGGGAACGGUAAUCUUGAUCAUCGUUUUGCUCAAUUUCUCAGAUCAGUCAUCGACGGCUAUCAAAAAUCGAUCGAAGAAAUACGUCGUCGUAUCUUGAGUUUAUCAUCUCAUGUAGAACCUGAGAUCGUUGUUGAAGAAGGAAAGUGUGGAUUGACUGUUUGGUGCUGA